UUAAAAUUGUUAGGAGUUAUUCAUCUUGGUUUUUGUUUUUGAAAUCAUGAAGAAAAAUUUUGGCUUUUUUUGUGUUCUGGAUCUCUCAAACUGUUGUGUUUGGUUUAUUCUGUUUGCAAAAUUUUAUCUGUUUGUCAUCUGGAUUGGGUUUCAAGAUUGUUAUGGUCAUAGAAUACGGUAAAAACUCAACAGAAACUCAAAAAAAUUAUGUUAUCAGUUAUCCGUCUUGGUUUUCUCUGUAUUCAUGAAGAAAAAUCUCAGUUUUUAUGGAUUUUGGUUCUCUAAUGCUGUUUUCUUUCGCUUAUUUUCUUAUUUAUUUAUUUAUUUAUUUUAUCUGGACGGGCUUUUAAGACUGUUAUGGCGUAGAGCUUGGUAAGAAUUCAGUAGAAAUUUUUUUUUUAAAAAAAAAUUUGCUAGUAUUUGCAAAUCUUGAUUUUCUCUGUAUUUGUGAAGAAAAAUCUCAGCUUUUAGGUGUAUUUGAUCUCUCAUGCUGUGGUGUUUGGCCUCUUUUCUUGUAAAAAGUUUAUCUUUCUGUGAUCUGGAUUGGUUUUCAUGACUGUGAUAGGCUUUGCUGUUGUUGUACUUAGCUUGAAGCUUAUUACUUUAGGAGAGUGGAGAACAACGAGAGGGAUUGGUAUUGAUCAUUGCUAAUAGUUGGUUUAUAGUGGAUUCUGGCUUCUGGGUUCUGGAAUUUGAUUCAGUGGUCAAAUGACUAGGGUUUUGACCAAUUUGAUUUCUAUUGAGAUGAGGAAAGGUUGAAAGGAUUGAAUUCUCACUGAUUAUUGAGGCAAAUCUGAUUUAGAUGAGAAAAAAUGGCACAUUUUGGUGGGCUUGAUUCGUAGUUUGGCAAAAAGUAUCAUCCUGCAUCUGAACUGUGAAACUUAAGGUUUUGCAUUUGUCUAUUGUAAGAUAUGAUCAAGCAGAUAUUUGGUCGGCUUCCUCGAAAGCCAUCGAAAUCAGCAGAAAGCCGGGAGGAUAGUGCUGCCACUGCUACUCUAUCGUCGAAUUCUUCUGUUAAUUCUCGCAGUGGGGAGUCAUCGAUCAGUAGGCCCUUGAGUUCUCACAAUUUUGUUACUCCUGGCUCAUAUUCAGAAUACUGUUAUGGGGGCAAAACAUACCCAACUAUUGAUUCAAAGCUCAAUGGUAAUUUGCUUUCCCCUACUUAUGAAGCACUUCCAAGCUUUAAGGAUGUUCCAAUCUCUGAAAAGCAAAACUUGUUCAUCAAAAAGUUGAAUUUUUGCUGCAAAGUGUUUGACUUCACUGAUCAGACAAAGAGCUUGAAAGAGAAAGAGGCUAAGAGGCAGGCAUUGUUGGAGCUCGCCGACUAUGUGACUUCGGUUAAUGGGAAGUUCACUGAGUAUGUCAUGCAAGAAAUCAUCAAAAUGGUGUCUGCCAACUUGUUUAGGCCUUUUCUUCCUGCUCCUCGCGAGGGUAAAAUUAUUGAAGCUCUUGAUUUGGAAGAGGAAGAACCUCUGAUGGAUCCAGCAUGGCCACAUUUACAGAUUGUUUAUGAGUUAUUUUUAAGGUUUGUUGGAUCGGCAGAGACAGAUGCUAAGUUGGCGAAGAGAUAUAUAGAUCAUUCUUUUGUUCUGAGGUUGCUGGAUCUCUUUGAGUCUGAUGAUCCGAGAGAACGAGAAUACUUGAAGACAAUCCUUCACCGAAUCUAUGGUAAAUUUAUGGUGCAUCGGCCAUUUAUCAGAAAAGCUAUCAACAACAUUUUCUAUCGGUUUAUCUUUGAGACCGAAAAACACAACGGAAUAGCAGAGCUAUUGGAGGUUUUGGGAAGUAUAAUAAAUGGGUUUGCUUUGCCACUCAAAGAAGAACACAAGUUGUUUCUUGUUCGAGCUUUGAUUCCACUUCACAAACCAAGGUGUAUAUCGGCGUAUCAUCAACAAUUAUCGUAUUGCAUCACCCAAUUUGUUGAGAAGGACUGUAAGCUUGCUGAUACUGUUAUAAGGGGGUUGUUGAAGUACUGGCCUAUUACAAAUAGUUCUAAGGAGGUCUUAUUCUUAGGAGAGCUGGAGGAAGUCUUGGAAGCAACUCAGCCAUCAGAGUUUCAGCGGUGUAUGGUACCUCUUUUCCAUCGGAUAGCCCAUUGCUUGAGUAGUUCUCACUUUCAGGUGGCUGAGAGAGCAUUGUUUUUCUGGAACAAUGAUCAUAUCGAUAACAUGAUUAAACAAAACCACAAAGUGAUACUGCCAAUUAUCUUCCCUGCACUAGAAAGAAAUACAAGGAGUCAUUGGAGCCAAGCUGUUCAGAGCCUAACAUUAAACAUCCGAAAACUCUUCUCUGAUCACGAUCCUGAGCUAUUUGAGCAAUGUUUGCAAAAAUUUGAGGAAGAUGAAGCCAAACAGAACAAUAUCAAAGCGAAGCGUGAAGCCUUGUGGAACCAAUUGGAAGACAUUGCAGCUUCAAAAGCUCUCACUGCAACUCACCAAACGUCGUCUUUAGAGAAUUAAUGAUAGAUUUAUUAGUUCGAUAUGCUCUAUAUAUAUAUAUAACUUUGAGAGAUCGAAUGCUUGAAGACUUCAGAGUAGACUGUAUAUAGAGGAGACCGUGUAUAUAAAGGGCCUUUAAUCGCAACAAUUCUGGCUAGAAUUCAGAGGAACACUGGUGAUCAGUUACAGCAAUUUUGGUUGACAUUCUGAAAGGGUGACCUUCCAAAUUUGCAGGUAAGUUCUUACCCUUCCAUUCAUGAUUGUCCAUCUAAGAUUUAUCGAAAAAUUUCUUUUAUUUUUAUUUUUA